AUGGGUCUUCUUGCCCUGGGGACCGCUCUGGAAUGGCCAGAGGCGAAGAAGAAGGCUGGCCAAGUACGCCAGUGGGGCAUUGAGCAAUUACUGGCGAACUGGCGACGAGCUCGUGGCAAAGAACGCGAUGCCCUUCUUUGGGGUGAUGAGAAGCUAAUUAUCCCUCCUUCAAUAACGCAGGUAGAAUAUCUCGUGGUAGCCUUGGACGAUUCGAGCAAAAAGGCCCGGCUAUCGCUCGCCCAGGCCGAAAUUCUGAAAUCCCUUGCUCGGGACGAGGCACUGUGGCAGGCCGGGGGUAACAAAGAAAAUGGCAGCAAUGGGGAACAUGAUGGUGAGGAGCCGCCUCAUUUCCACCCGGAAUUCGGUCGUUUUAUGCUGGAAGCCACACCCGGGCGACCCUGGGGAAUCGGGUUCAAGGACCUCCUGAAGGUGGAGAGCAACAUGAAGUGGAGGCGAGAGGUCGCGAAAGCGCACAUGGCGCCAAACGAAUCCCCGAUCACUCUGACCACAUUCCCCCGGCUGGGCACGAAAGAUGAUUAUAUCCAGCCCUAUUAUCCGCCAUCUGGGCCUGCCCUGCGUUCUCAGUUUGUCCCCGAUGAGAUCGCUAAUCCGCAUAUCCGCUUCCCAACACUGGCUGCCAAUAUUCGCUCUCGAAGAGGGCGUAAGGUCGAAUUGAAUGUGCCUGUCUAUAAAGAUCUUAACACCCCUUCGCCAUUCAAGGACCCUACCGUCAACUAUGACCUCCAUCAAUGGCCCGAGGAUGCGGACGUGCGUAACGGCGCUGCCAAAGACGACCAUGUCUAUAUGGAUGCAAUGGCGUUUGGUAUGGGCAGCUGCUGCUUGCAGAUUACUUUUCAAGCCAAGAAUAUGACGGAGGGCCGAAAGCUUUACGAUCAGCUAAGUCCGCUCGGCCCAAUUCUUCUUGCCCUCACGGCGGCCACCCCUAUAUAUAAGGGCUUCCUCGUGGACACGGAUGUGCGAUGGAACCAGAUCGGUAAUGCCGUGGACGAUAGAACCCCUGAAGAGCUAGGAGAAGCUCCUCUCAGGAAUGACCGCUGGAGAAUCCCCAAGUCUCGGUAUGCUUCAAACUCGACUUAUAUUUCUCAAGAUCCUCGUCUACGGAAAGAAUACCUCGACCCGGAUUUGGUUGUAGAUGAGGAUAUUAAGAAUCGGCUGAUGGAAGGAGGAAUGGACGAUCUCCUGGCCACGCAUUUUGCACAUUUGUUCAUUCGGGAUCCAUUGGUGAUAUUCUCCGAGGAUCUGGAAGAGUUGGAUUUGACCAAAGGCGACCACUUCGAAAACCUUCAAUCUACCAACUGGCAACACAUGCGGUUCAAGCCCCCGCCUUCCGAAAAGGAUGACAUCGGUUGGCGAGUGGAGUUCCGGUCCAUGGAGAUUCAAAUCACGGAUUUCGAAAACGCAGCAUUCAGCAUCUUCAUCGUCCUCAUCACCCGAGCUAUCUUGAGCUUCAACCUCAACUUCUACUUGCCUAUUCCCCGAACGACCGAGAAUAUGGAGACGGCUCACGCUCGCAAUGCCGUGCUUGACCAGAAAUUCUAUUUCCGCAAGGAUCCAUUCGCCCAGCGGACUCCAAGAAACCCCCAGCAGUCGUCCAACGGCAGCAACUUCUCCUCCGCUACCUCCUCGGCGGUUAACACGCCGCCACCCUCUCCUCCCCCUGGACCCCGCGGGACUUUCCCCGGUCUUAUUCCCCUCGUGGAGUCCUAUCUUAACAGUGUGAAUGUGGAUGUUGAGACCCGGUGCUUCCUCGCCACCUACCUUGACCUGAUCCGCAAACGUGCCGAUGGAACUCUCUGGACCGGAGCCCGAUGGAUUCGCGAGUUCGUAAACAAGCAUCCUAGCUAUAAGCACGACAGUGUUGUCUCCGAAGAAAUCACCUACGACCUCGUCAAAGCCGUCGAAGAAAUGACAGCUAAGGAGGGCAAGCAUGGCUCUGUUGGGUGGGAACUCCUUCGGGGCAAGAACUAG